CAUCGCUUUCCUCAAAGCUGACAGCGUCGUUCUCUUACUUUCCUACUUCAUAAAAUAAAGAGCGAAUAUGACUGUGCCGAUUUAGCGGACACGUAGCCAGUAUCUCAAUCGAUCAACGGGGGAAAAGGAAAGAAUGAUUUGCCGCUUACAAUAACGAAACUUCGACGCUUGAUAUUCCGGGGACUUCAUCGUGGCCUUUUUGAGGCAACAUUCGCUUAAUAGUUAUCAUCACCAGUGAUUGAAAAGGAGCUGGCUAUCUGAAGAGGAGGAAAUUUGCUUGCUGUACUGUUGCAUUUACGCUCGUCGGCGAGAUCUCUGGAGGGCAGGCAGUAUGGUGCUCGGCUACGAAUUCGUAACUCUCGACGACGACCAAAAGCAUGCCAGGAGGAUGCUGCUCGAGUUUUAUCCAUGGAUUGCUCAAUGGUCCGUCCUGACUGUCUUUCUGAUAUUUCAAUUAUGCUUUCUGGCCUCCUGGAUCGGGAGGCGUGGCCUCGAGUCUCAGAUGCGGCCGCGGUCUCCGUCGUUCAACAAGCGUGACGGGGUACUGCUAGUAUGGCUUCGCAGGGCCCAGGAAACCUUCCAUGCGUGGGUGUGGUGGAUGCAUAGGCCUCUAUUUCGAAACUGGGGGACGAGGGGUGAAUGGAUCGGAGGCGGCAUUUGGUUCAUAUGGUUGAUGAGCCUUUCCAUCAUACAGACGGGCAAUGACUUCCUGCAUUUGACCAAACGAUUUGGCAUCAUUGGGGCAUCUCAGCUUCCCUUGCAUUACCUUCUGGCUAUGCGAUCGCCAUGGUCGCCCAUCCAGAUGCUCACACGGCUAUCCCACGAGCAGCUCAAGUCGGCCCACAAGAUCCUCGGGCGCAUCGUAUACGUGCUGUUCAUUCUUCAUGCCGCUUUCUACUUGUAUUUCUUUAUCGCCGCCGGCGUCCUCGCGAAGAGGAUUAAGGACAGGGACGUCAUAUUCGGCAUUAUCAGUCUUGCAUUCUUCACCAUAAUCAGCACCACCGCCCUCGAGCAGGUUCGCAGACGCAACUACCGACUAUUCUACAUCUCACACAUCUCUUUCGCCAACGUGGUCAUCCUAGCCAUGUUCCUGCACGUCUCCCACAUCAGAAUCUACGUCUGGGAGGUCAUCGCCGUCAACGCCAUCCACCUGCUAUCACGAAGCCUGAGCGUGAGAAAGCGACCCGGAACCGUGAAGCUCCUCCCGGGCACGAACCUCGUCGAAGUCCGCAUCCCGCUCUCACCGGGCGACCCGGCACUGAAGUGGCUCCCAGGCCAGCACGUCUACCUCACGAAGCCAACGCAGAACGCCGCGACCCUUCCCUUCUACGAAGAGCUCCUCCUCAUGACGCAGACUAACCCCUUCACCAUCGCCUCGCUCCCCUCAGAGGACCGCCACCUCCUCCUCGUCGCGAGACCCCUCAACGGCACGACCAAGCACCUCGCCGACCUCGCGCGAACAUGGUCGUCGUCGUCCCACGCCAACGACACUCCCCCGACCAUCCCGCUCGCCAUCGAAGGCCCCUACGGCGCCUCGACGCGCCUCCCCGACUUCUCCGCCUUCGACGAGGUCCUCCUCGUCGCGGGCGGCGUGGGCGCCACGUUCAUCGUCCCGCUGUUCCGACACGUCACGGGGUCGAAGGUCGCGAGCAAUGCGGGCGCACCACACGUGCAUCUCGCGUGGGCUGUGCGGAGUCUCGCGGAGACGCGGUGGGCUUCGGAUGCCUUUGCUUUGGCGGGAGAUGGGGGAGACGAAAAUGGAGAUGGAUCAGUAGAUGGCGAUGUCAAAAUUUACGUCACGGGGUCGUCGAGUACGCCAGGUCCGCAGGUCGGCGCGUCAGAGGCGGACAUCGAGCUCGCGGAGAACGAGCAGUUGUUGUCGGGUGCGGAUGAGGAGGAGGCUGGUCCAGCGGCGAAGGGCGUGACGGUUGCGAGAGGUCGUCCGGAUGUCGUGGGCAUAGUUGAUGAGGUGUUUGCUAAGGGGAGUCGAGUCGCGGUGUUUUGCUGCGGUCCGAAGGCCCUGACGGAGAGACUCGGCCGCGCGAUGGAGCCUUGGGUGAGGAAAGGUUAUGAUGUUUAUUAUCACGAUGAGACGUUUGGGUGGUGAGGUGUUUGAAGUAUUUUCAUAAGCGUGUGUUGUAAUUAUACAUAGGUUGGUUGAAUGAGCCCAUACGAGGGUUGUAUUUGGAUGCGUGGGUGAUCAAUCAUGUAUAUUCCCCCCCUGCUCAUAUAUGCUCCAUAUUUUGUUCCCAGGAAACCCUUUUAGAUACCUGGAAUCCAGGUUGUUGGAACUUCGAUGUCGCCAUCAUAACAAGUAGAUAUAUCCAUCCGGC